AAUCCUGCAUCCCGGACCCAUGGGUAGUAGCCAUUCUCACUCGCACAGGGCCCACGGUAAAAAAAGUCGUGAAAAACUCUCUGACAAGGCGGCGAAUCGGCGGUCCAACCCAGAAUGCAUUUCCCAAAGGAAAAUGGACGGCAAGGCCCUCCGAAGCACUCAGUCCGACAACGUCCUCAUCAAAUACCUCGACACCGACGAGAUAAAACACCCCGUCUCUGACCCCAUCGAGAAGUACUACGUCCUAACCGAAAAGGUCCUCGGAACAGGCAACUACUCCGUCGUCAAGGUCGGCAUACACCGCGACACGGACGAGCCCAGCGCCAUCAAAAUCAUCGACAAGGCCCUCGUCAAAAAAAAGCCACAGAUGAUCUCCAACGAGAUCAAAAUCCUCCUCCGUAUCCACCACCCCAGCAUCAUAUCUCUCAAAGACAUCUUCGACACGCCGCAAACCAUCAUGCUCUGCACCGAACUCGCCUCCGGAGGAGAACUGUUCGACCGAAUCGUCGAACGCGAGUACUUCACCGAAAAGCAGGCCAGGUACAUCAUGGAACAGCUCCUCAGCGCCAUGUGCUACAUCCACGAAAUGGGCAUCGUCCACCGAGAUCUAAAGCCUGAGAAUCUCCUCCUCCUCAACGACAAGGAAGACGUCAUCAAGAUCGCAGACUUUGGACUGUCCAAGAUAUACAAGGAAGACGUGAUGUCCACCGCCUGUGGAACCCCUGGAUAUGUCGCUCCAGAAAUUUUGCAGUGCGAGUCCUACGACGAGAAGAUAGACGUCUGGUCCGCCGGCGUAAUCAUGUACAUCCUCCUCUGCGGGUACCCGCCGUUCUACGACGAGAACGACGCGAAGCUCUUCGACAUCAUCAUGAGCGGCAGCUACGAGUUCCAAAGCCCCUACUGGGACCACGUCUCCGAGGAGGCUAAAGACCUCAUCAGGCAGAUACUCGUUGUCAACCCCAAAGACCGCAUCUCGGCGAAGGAGGCUCUGAACCACCCCUGGUUCAAAAUGGCGCCUCGCGACCUACAGAGUCGAGCCUCGGACGUGAACUUCAGGAACAGACUCAAGGAACACAACUCCGUCCGCAAGGCGACGGUCGACAGGCUCGCGCCCGCCUUCUCCGAGAACCCCCCCGCGGCCUUCGAGGCCUCUUGAUCCGUGGGGGCAUCGCGUGUGUGUUAGACCGACCCGGAAGCGAACGAAAAUCGCGCGCAUGACGGGACUUCUCUCGAGCCCUCCUCCCCCAUUGGAAUUCUCGGAAUCUAGUUCUCAAGAAAAAAAAUCUUGAACAGUCUAAAAAAAAAACACACUUUUUCCAAUGAUCUCAAGAACGCUUCGUUUCAAAUCCCUCGGGCUCAAACGUGCCAAGAACGUCCGUUCGAAAGAGAACGUUUCCUCCCCCUUCUCCCCCGAACCUGACUGACGCGCCUAUCCCCCACCGAAAGAUCCGGCAUUUAUCCGAUGCAGGCAGCAAGUCUCGACUCCUGCAAGACUUCGACCACCUCCUGGCCGCUCUCAAGACCAGCGAUACUAGCGGCGCCAACAAGCACGUGCCGCCCCCCCCCAAGACUAGCAGUGAAAUCAUCGACGCGCUCCAGAAGAACAAGGUGGUAGCCAAGCCGGCGCUGAACAUGGUCAUGAAACUGGAUCUGGUUCGAUGCGAAACGGCGGAAAGAAUUAGAGAAAUAUGGCAGACGUAUCACAAGAGCAAAUUCUGUAUUGCCUCGUCCAUCGACGCCGAUCAAUUCGCCCCCGUUCACCAAAUCGUGUCGAAGUUUCCGAGCUAUGUUGUACCGUUGGUCAGGUCGAGUCAGGGGGCGGAAUUCUUCUACUUUCGACAAGACGGCAACUACUGGCUGUUCUACAGACUGGCAGAAGUCCAGCUGCGCCGAGAAGAAGCAGCUCCGGCGCUGAAGGUGGUCUAUUACUUCGACUUCUUUGACGACAAAAAGCUAGUUCUGAUGAGGGGCGAAAUCGACCCCGUCGCUCUCACCAUGAUCGAGAGUCAGUUCCUGUUGAACCAAGUUCAGGUCUGUUAUCUGGACCCAAGGAGGCUCCAGAGCGUAGUGUCCUUCAACAGGAACCCGGAAAAGUUCAACUGGAACGAACUCUUGGACGACAUCGGCAUGAGUGCAGAGAAAAAAUAAAUUAUGGGACGG